ACUUUAACUUCUACCAAAGUAAUUUUCUGGUAAGAUACUUGUACUUUUACUCAAGUAUUGCUUUCAAGUACUUUAUACAAGACUGGUGAGCACAGAUGGGAUGUUGAGCCAUUGUUCCCAGUCUCACAUUUGCUUGAGGUAACAAAGCAUGUAUGUGAGGCAAACGCUUCUUCAAGUAGGUGUUAGAGUAGAGUAUAUGCAUUCAGUAUCUAAAAAUCUUUGAGACGUGAAAAUUUCAGUAAGAGCAACCUUUUCCGGCGUAGAAGUUGAGUCCUGGCUGCAGUACUGUUAUCAUGGUUUCUCAGGGCCUCCAAGUCAUGGGUGUGCUGCUGGCAUUCAUCGGCUGGCUGGGCACCAUCAUCACCUGCGCUAUGCCCAUGUGGAGAGUGACCGUUUUUGUCGGGGCGAACAUUGUCACCGCCCUGGAGGUCUGGGAAGGCUUGUGGAUGGAGUGUGUGGUCCAGAGCACGGGCCAGAUGCAGUGUAAGAUGUACGACAACAUGCUGGCUCUACCGCUAAACCUGCAGGCUGCCAGGGCUAUGGUGGUCAUCUCUGUGGUCGUUGGGGUGUUUGGCGUCCUCAUGGCUGUGGUUGGAGGAAAGUGCACCAACUGCAUGGAGGAUGAAGUGGCCAAACCCAAAGCAUUAGCAAAAAGUAUUCCUGAGUUUUACUCCUCAUUAGAGUGUUAAUAAACAUUGAAUAAACACAUAGAAAUAAACAUCA